UUGGAACAAAAAAGUUUCUCUAAAACGACUUAUAAUAAAAAACGGAGGGAGUAAAUGCUUAAUGUAUUAUACAUAUAUUCCUCCCAUAAGAAUAAUAUGUCAUUGUGGUGCCUCGCGUUCAAUCACUUUGACAAAGUCUUAUGGGAAAUGACUUAGUCAAACAUUUCACUUGUCUUUUGGAAAUUAAGUACAGGGUCACAGUCAUGCUUUCUCUACUUUUUGGUUUAAUGUCAACUUCUCUUUUAUUUUAUCUUGUUAUUUUCUUAUCACUAGUCUUUGAACAAUUAUUUCCUGCUUAUUGGUGUACAGUGUGCCAAGAAAAUUAAUACAUGAAAAUGGUUGACUAUAAAAUCUGCAUACACGCACCAUUUUCAUAUAUAAUAGUAUAUCUUACCAGACUUUCAGAUACCAUAUAUAUAUUUGAUUACUGUUUGAAUAUGUAAUACUUUAUAUCAAACAAAGCCAUCCUGUAUCUAUUAGUUAUUUAGUUCAUAUAUCCAUUAAUUAUUACUAAUCUUAAAUUUGCAAAAGCAAAGCUGAAAAUCAUGUUGUUUCUGGUUGGUUUGAUUCGGUUUAAUUCAAUGCUGACCAAUUUUAAAAGGUUGAUUGGUAUCUUCCAAAGACAAACACGUACAUUCAAUCGAAAUGGGGACGUCAAAGGAAACUUUAAACCAUUGUCCAAUUGUUUUCUUCUACGAACCAUUUUUCCAACUUCUUAAAAUAAAUACAGAAUUAUUAAUUUCGUUUUCAAGAAUCGUUUUUUAUUUCUCCACUUUCACAACUUAGACCAGCUGUUAUUGUUUUGCUUUGGUGAUCAAAAUGCAUGCAUAUAAGUACAUUGUUUAUUUCUCUGCCUAUGUAUAUAUUAUAGUAAUGAAGGUACUCCACAUGGGAAGAGGAGGAAAAGGCAUAAUGGGAAGAAAAUAGAAAUUAGGUUUUUCAUUGACUUGGGCGUUUCCAAUACUUUUAGCAAUAAAUAUAUGUCUCACUCUUUGAUAAUUAUAGAACCAGAAAACACUUUUCUUUCUCUUCUUCCCUCUUCAAAAUACAAAACAAAGAUCCCUCAAGAAUAAAACAUAGAUUAGCUAAGGACCAGUUGAGAGAUCAGGGAGAGAUGGGGAGGGCUCCAUGUUGUGACAAAGCAAAUGUGAAGAGAGGUCCAUGGUCUCCUGAUGAAGAUGCAACGCUUAAAGAUUACAUAGAGAAACAAGGCACUGGUGGCAAUUGGAUUGCUCUCCCUCAGAAAGCAGGUUUAAGGAGAUGUGGGAAGAGUUGCAGACUGAGAUGGUUGAACUAUUUGAGACCCAACUUAAGACAUGGAGAUUUCACUGAGGAAGAAGACAAGAUCAUCUGCAGCCUCUUUGCCUCCAUUGGAAGCAGGUGGUCAGUGAUAGCAGCUCACUUGCAUGGUAGAACUGAUAAUGACAUCAAGAACUAUUGGAACACUAAGCUCAAGAAGAAGAUCAUUGCCACUAUGGCUCUUCCACCACCUCAUCACCUCCUAGCCAUUGCUUCAUCAUCAUCAUCACCAUCAUCUUCGUCACAAUACAACAUGAUCAAUAGUUUUCCUUAUUAUAACCCUUCAGCAUGUACAAACGAGCUGAUCACACCUAAUCAGGGGAUGAUGACAAUGAUGGACCAACAACAACACCUAUUAUAUCAAGAAGACAUGGGCAAUUUGGGGAACUCUCCAAGUAGCAACAAACUCAUAAUGAGCCAUCAAGAAGACAGCCCGAAGCAAAGUGCAAGCAAGGGAAUAAUGUUGUUGAGUGAUGUAAGAAGUGGGUCAUCAAGUACAACAAGUACAGUAGCAAGAGUAAAGAGUAAACAUCAUGAUUAUCAUCAUGAAGAGGAGGUCAGAUCAAUGGAAGAUUAUGGAAUGGAUGAGAUCAAGCAAUUGAUAAGUAGUAAUUGUACGAGUAGUAGUAGCAAUAGCUUGUGGUUUGAUGAAAACAAGACAGAGGAUAAGUUCAUGAUGUACUAUUGAUAUCUCUCACCAACUUUGUUUCAGUCUUCUUAUCCUCUCUUUUUUCUCCACUACAAAAUAGUUAUUACCAACUUACUUUUUAAGAGGAGUUUAAACAUUUUAUUCAUUAUCUCAAUGUAACAUAUUUUCUGUUGAUCACAUCAAUUUCUAAAUGUUUCAUGUUAAAUAUU